CGCGAGAUCAGCUGACCUACCCUCUGCUACUUCCUCAAAAUGUAAACAUUAGCUUUUGCCAGUCAUAUGUUUCACGGUACUGCAAGCUAUGAGAGGCAUAGAACUGAUUACACACAAUUCUUGGUCGUCAGAAUGCGACAUUACCUUUGAGUAAAAACACGCCUUGACCGAAUUAAGCGUUUCUCUGAGGUGUUGGAAUGGGUUAUAUCCCUCUGUGGUACAAAUGGAGAAUAAAGGGAGUGACGAGGUGGAAAAAAUGAAGACCAAGUUCUUUUCCGUGUGGCACAAUGUGAAGUACAGUUGGGCUCUGAAGGCAAAGACCUCAUUCAGCCGAAAUUCCCCUGUGGUUCUUCUGGGAAAGUGUUACCAUUUUAAGGCUGAUGAUGAUGACGAUGUCUCAGAAGCCUGCUUGGAAGCGCCGGAUAAGGACUCAGUCAUGGGAAAUAUAGAGGAUUUCCGGAGGGAUUUUGGAUCUCGUGUAUGGCUAACAUAUAGGGAAGAGUUUUCCCCUCUACCUGGCUCUCUUCUAACAUCCGACUGUGGCUGGGGCUGCAUGCUUCGGGCUGGACAGAUGAUGUUGGCUCAAGCACUUAUUCUGCACUUCUUGGGCAGAGAUUGGAUGUGGUCAGAGGCACUACAGCUCCAGCGUUUGGACGCCGAGACAUGGACCACCACUGCAGCCAAGCGCCUGGUCGAAUUCCUGGGAGCCUCGCUACAGGGCACCUUCAACAGGCCCUCCAAUCCUGAAUCAUCAGCCAUACAUCAGGCUCAGGCUCCAUGGUCAGCAGAGGAGGCAGAUGCCCACUUAAAAGAAAUGUACCACCGGACACUGGUUUCAUGGUUUGGGGACAACUCCUUUGCUCACCUGGGUCUGCACAGACUGGUGCAUUUAGGCCUGACAUUGGGGAAACAGGCCGGGGACUGGUAUGGACCUGCUGCUGUAGCGCACAUUCUCAAGAAGGCUAUGGAUGAAGUGAAGGACUCUGCAUUAGCUGGUAUAACUGCUUAUGUCUCCCAAGAUUGUACAGUGUACAGCGCUGAUGUGAUUGACAGCCACAGGGCACCCAAAGCUGAGUGGCUGUCGGCUGGUACAUCAGAUGACCUGCCCCCUCACCAAAAAAAACAAUCAGCAUCUGCGUUCACCCUGCCAGACAGUCAAGCUGUUAUCAUUCUCAUCCCUGUACGACUGGGAGGGGAAAAGAUCAACCCCGAGUAUUUUAAUUUUGCAAAGCGAAUACUAAGUCUGGAGUACUGCAUUGGCAUCAUUGGAGGGGAGCCCAAGCAAGCCUGCUACUUUGUAGGAUUUCAAGAUGACAGCUUGAUUUACAUGGACCCUCAUUACUGUCAGUCUUUUGUGGAUGUCAGCACCAGCGAUUUCCCUCUCCAGUCCUAUCAUUGUCCCUCACCAAAGAAGAUGCCUUUCACUCGGAUGGAUCCAAGCUGCACCAUAGGAUUUUACUCCAGAAGUGUCCAAGACUAUGAGAAAAUCACCCAAGAGCUGUCUCAGGUUCUGCAGCCAUCAGCAAGCGACAAAUACCCAGCGUUCACUAUUGUGCAAGGUCAUGGUAGAGAUUACGACCUGUCGACCCUAGAAAAGAGAGAAUGGCCCUUCAUCCGUGACCCAAGGAGGACAAUCACCACUGCUGGGGACUUUGUGCUUCUUUGACAGAACAGUUUAUAUCAGUGAACAUGGAACUUGCCCUCAAGCCUUGGCUUAGACAGAUGUGACAUUAAACCUUUUAAAACUGGAUGUCCCUGAAAACACUUUCUUUUCACUGAUUGGUGAACAGCUGGAUUUUAACAGUAUAAGUUUGCUAAAAUACUUUGGUUUGUCACAGGACAUUUUUAGAGCUCUGCUGAAUUAUCUGACCUAUUUUUAAACUAAACUGCAGAAGAGGAAGAUGGUUGAAGUGCACACUUGUUAUAUUAUUUUAUUUUUGCCAGCAGACAUUUCGGUGUUAUAGAAUAACUAUAGUUCAGUACCUUCACAGUUACAUCAGCUUGUAAAAUAAAGAAAAUUAAGUUUCAGUCCCUGCAGUAUUUAUACAACUUGUGUUUGUCAUGAUUUGUAUUGGACUGAAAGGAAUAUGAUUAAAAAGGCUUGAGUAAUGCCAAUUAACAUUUCCAAGCCCUCUCCAAAAACAUCUCAGCUAAUAUGAUGCACAUUUUCGGCCAUAAGAAAACAAUUCACCAUAUUUGGGGGGGGCAAUCCUUUAAUUUUUCUAUCGUGUUACACUGGAGCUUUCUUAUAUGCUGUUUUGCAUUUGCAUGGUUUAGAUAUGUAUUAAACAAUAUUCAUUUAGAAAUUUUUAAUAAAUAUUUUUUUCAGUGAAA